AUGGAAGGAUACAAGUUGAACACCGGGGCGACCAUACCAGCAGUGGGAUUGGGGACAUGGCAGGCCGAUGGAUCGUCAUGUCAAGCAGCAGUGGCCGAGGCGCUCAAGGUCGGGUAUAGGCUCGUGGAUUGCGCCCAUUUGUAUGGCAACGAGAGGGAAGUGGGCAACGCGCUGGGCGAGGCAUUCGAGCGGGGAUUGAAGAGGGAGGAAGUGUUCAUCACCUCGAAGCUCUGGUGCACCACCGGCGCUCCCAAGAGGGUCACAGAAGCAGUGCAGAUAUCGCUCAAGAAUUUGGGCCUCACGUACCUCGACCUGUACUUGUUGCACUGGCCGGUUCUCGCGCCUCUCGGGGAUGCCACAGAUCCUCCGCCUCGGUCCUCGGCGGAAGUGAAAAAGCCACUGCGCAGGUUGGAAGAAACAUGGCGGGCUAUGGAGAAACUGGUCGAGGUGGGGACGGUGCGUGCGAUUGGCGUCAGCAAUCUCACCGUUCCGCAGGUUCAGAACAUUUUGAGCUUCUGCACGAUUGUGCCCGCCGUGCACCAGGCGGAAUUGCAUCCCUUCUGGCGCCAGGAUGAGCUCGUGAAGUUCUGUCAGUCGAAGGGUAUUCAUGUCUCAGCUCACACUCCUUUAGGGAUUCCAGGCCGACGCUUAGAAUCGGCCCCCUUCUCGGAAGAAGCACCGGAACCGAAGACUCCUCUCGCCCCCUCCUUGUCACGAUCUCGCUCAGUGCAUGCUCCGAUGCUCAAAACCACCACCAUUCAGGAAAUCGCCGAUCGUCUGAACAAGACUUCUGCGCAGGUCAUUUUGCGAUGGGGGGUUCAACGCGGUACCAGUGUGCUACCCAGAAGUCUACGACUGGAUCGUAUCAUAUCUAAUUUUGAUAUACUUUCUUGGUCCCUUUCUGACGACGAUUGGAAGGCCAUAAACAGCAUGGAGCCACAGCUCCAGCUGAUCGAAGGCAACCAUUCUUACUUGCAAGAGAAUGGAGGGUUGCAAGCUGUUGAAGAGACAGAAGACCACGAGGUCGUGGAGGCAUAA